AUGGGGUUCUUCGCGUCCAGAAAGCGUCAACAACCGUCGUCGCCAUCUUCGCCCACACUCAAAGUUGAUCAUCUAGGAUAUCCAAUUGGCUCGUCUCGGCCACAAGUCACCCAACCCCAGGACUCACAAGUGCAGCCGCCCUCUCAACCUCAAGUCCAAGGAGGUUAUGCUGUUCAGCCUCCGCCAUACCCAGAGCCACAGCGGCCGUAUGGUCCUCCUAUUAUCGUGAAUCAACACUACUAUCUCAGCCCCGUUCCUCCUUAUUCAGCUCCGUCAACAUGUUCCUUGACCCAUCUCGGUAAACACAAUCUUGGGUCUAUGGUGGAUCUUGCCAACAAGCUUGUACCAUACGAGGUUGUGCAUCAGGUAAUCGAUGACGGUUUGCCAAGAUGGCAUUGUCACGCCUCACAAUUACUGAACCAAACCGCUGCAUUGUACGAUCAGAUACAGACCAAGUUCAAUGAAGUCAUGACUUCAAUUGACUGUGAUCGUUUCUCCGGACAUGAAGGAGACUUGUUUCAGUAUCAGUCAACCCCUCAUCAAGCGUCUAGCACGGUCUCGCCUCCAGCAGCGACGGGCGACAAGAGCCGGGCCAAGAAAAAAGGCAAAAAGGAUACAACCAAAGGACAAACCACAGCAGUCGUGUCGUCACUUGCUCAGGGCGGUUAUUUUGCCAAGGUUGAUUUAUACGCCAAUUCUCGGCUGCCUGACAAUCUACCUCCUCUGCGACUCUAUAUCCCAACAUGGCCAUUGAUAUGCUUGGCAUCCCAAUAUUCUGAACGGGUCUAUGAGACUCCCCGAGGCUCUGAACGCGAUGCCUAUGUUGAUGCAGACUGGCGGACAGGGACAAAGGCCAUGUGUAUAAAAUCUGUUCCUAUGGACCACAUGCACACUAUCGUCUUUGCCAUACGUGGGACGGCGACUUUUAUGGACUGGGCAGUCAACCUGAACACGGCACCAACAGCGCCAACCGGCUUCUUGGAUGACACCAGCAAUUUUUGCCACGCAGGAUUCCUUUCUGCAGCGCGAAAGAUGAUCAAGCCCGUCGCGGCAAGGCUUCGGCAGCUGUUGGAAGAAAAUCCGAAUCGCUCAUCGUACUCUCUUCUGAUCACCGGCCACUCAGCUGGCGGCGCCGUGGCCUCUUUGCUCUACGCCCAUAUGCUCUCGACCUCCAAAGCAGCCUCAUCUGAGCUAAAUAUUCUGACUGGCUGCUUCAAGAGAGUACACUGCAUCACGUUUGGCACACCACCAUUGUCCCGUGUGCCUUUGCAAAAACCCGAGCGAUUCGAACUCAGAAAGUCUUUGUUUAUAACCUUUAUCAAUGAAGGCGAUCCCGUGGCGCGAGCCGACAAGGCAUACGUCAAGAGUCUGCUCGAGCUUUUUGCCAGUCCCGCGCCAAACCUAACUCCGACAAAAACAGACGGCAAGUCGCUCAGUUCGCCGCCGAACCCGCCUGCAAAACAAUCCAAAUCAAAGGACAAAAAGUCCAAGACCACUUUGUCAUCCAAGAAACCAAAGAAUGCGGUGAAGCCACCUCAGACGAAGGCACCGAGGCCUGUAUGGCAGUUACCCCCAAGCACUCUCAGCAAUGCGGGGCGCAUCGUGAUUUUGCGCUCGGGAGACCCGAAGGCCAAGCUCAAGGGCAAAAAGACAGUCGAGGAACGACUGAAUGAGGGGGUCUUGGCCCAGGUUGCGAGCGACGAGCAGCUGAGGAACGUGGUUUGGGGCGAUCCCGUCUGUCAUGUCAUGAAACUGUAUGCUGGGCGCAUCGAGACCUUGGCGGUUGCGGCAGUGACCGCUAAACGAUGGCUAUCAUGA